UCCCCUCCUCUCCCCCGUUUCCCUUCCCCUCCCUCGUCCUCUCCGCUCCGAUCCCAAGCCGCCGCCACCGGGAGAUCUUGAGAAGGAGGAUCGAACAGGCCGGAGGAAGCCGCCUCUCUUCUUGAUCUCUCCAUCUACUGAGGCUCGAUCUUUCGCUGCCGCCUCUCUCUGUUCUCGCGAUGGCGAGCGGCGCCUACGGUUCAAGGGAAGGGCUGACGGCUAGGCCAGGUGCAUCAUCAAGCUCCAGCGAGGUUUCGCUUCAGAUCGACCCGAUUACUGCUGAUUUGGAUGAUCAUAUUCUCGGACUUCAUAGACAAGUCCGUAAACUAAGAGGAGUUGCCCAAGAGAUCGAAACAGAGGCCAAGUACCAAAAUGAUUUCAUCUCUCAGCUGCAAAUGACACUGACGAAGGCGCAGGCAGGGGUCAAGAACAACAUGAGGAGAAUAAACAAGAAAAUCAUACAGAAUGGUUCAAAUCAUCUUGUUCAUGUAAUCCUUUUCGCUCUUGCCUGUUUCUUUCUAGUGUACCUCGUGUCCAAGUUCUCUAGGAGAUGAAGUGCCAAAACCUGAUGGUGUCGAGAAGAGGACAAAUGGAAACUGACGUAGUUGGUACCUGCGGCAGUGCCUGUUGGCAGAAACUGUUGUUUUGGGGUUCAUGUUACAGUACUAUGGCAGAGUUUGUUGAUAGUAGUUGAUGAUAAAAGUCCCAUCUUGUACUAGAAUUCCAUGUUCCAUGACAUUGUGAAUAUAUUAAAUACUGGUGUUGUCCUAAUCUUGGUUGACACGAUUUCUGAACAUUACGAUGUUUGGGCCCA